UGAUUAAUUUCAAACGUGCUGGCUAGGUUAGAAAUAUAGGUAGCUGAACUUAUAGUUUAAAGACAUAAUAAUGACAACAAAUCAUUCGUUCAUGGUCGAUAACUGUAGGUUGUGUAAAAUAUUUGUCAUUUAAAGCUAAGAUGUUGAAAGUUAGGAACCUACUUUUCCUGCAAUCGAGGUGGAAAAGCCAACGCUGGGCAGUACAAAAGCGCAAAAAAACAAAUACUCAGCGAGCUCUAGAAAGUUUCGAUGACUUCUAUGGGUCUGUCUUUGGCGUUCGGUGGAAAAACAUAAGAGCUGCACUGCUGACGGAGCAUAAAUAUAUUGCAUUAAUAAAUAACUUUGGGGACACUGACAAAACCACUAAUGGAAUGAAGUUGGACGGUGCCUUGAAUAUCAAAUCAUUAGUAAACCUAGCAAGGGAACGCUUGGGGCAUUAUGAUGCAAAGCCCGCGAAAGGACAGGACACAACUAACAGAGCGGACGAAACACUAGAUAAAUUAUUACGUGAACAGGAAGAACGUGAAAAACAUGCGUUGUAUCCCAAGGGCGCAACUGAUUCCACAGCACUAAUACCAGACCAAUUACAUUAUCGUAAAGAAGAGGCUACCGGGAAGAAAAAUGUUUUAGAAAAUGAUUACAAUGCUAAAAACUUUGAACCAAGUCUUGAAGAAGCUAUUGAAACAGACAUUCAUAUAGAUAAAAGCCGAUUAAUAGAUCCACAGUAUGGCACGUGUGGCUUGUACGAUUUCAUGCCGGCGAACAAAAUUAAAGGAAUGGAAGACUGGAUUCCCGAAUCGGACCAUUAUAAAUACUAUCAAACACAAGCGGACUUCCCCCUGAAUUUUGAACUAGAAACGGAGUAUUAUUAUCCAGAAAAGCUAAAUCUGUACACAUACGAAAUGGGCAAUUGCUCUGAAUACAAACCACCAAAAAAAUGUGUAACAAAUGUACUUUCACAUUAUCUGAUGGAUGGUGCAUCAAUAUUGCCGCCAUUGUUUUUGGACAUAAAGGAAGGCGAUCGUGUUUUGGAUGCUUGUGCUGCUCCUGGUGGGAAAUCACUUAUAAUGCUACAAACUCUUCAUCCAGAUAUUUUGGUUUGCAAUGACGUUCAAGAAUCACGCCUCAAUCGUGUUCGCAAAGUGAUGCGAGAGUAUAUUUUUGAUUAUGCGGAAAAUUGGGAAAAUAAACGGCUGGCGAUGAGCCAAUGCGAUGCGCGGUAUUUGGAUGGUUACGAGAGCUAUGACAAAAUUUUGGUAGAUGUACCUUGCACCACAGAUCGCCAUUCAUUAAUGGAAGAUGAUAAUAAUAUUUUUAAAACAACUCGUAUCAAAGAACGAUUACGUAUACCUGAAUUGCAGGCUGAUAUUUUAUCCAAUUGUUUAAGACUGUUAAAACCAGGUGGUAGCCUAGUAUACUCAACGUGCAGUCUUUCUCCUGUUCAAAACGAUGGUGUUGUACAUAUGGCAUUGCAAAAGGCUUUCAACGAGCAUGGUAUAACUGUGACAGUUAAAGACUUGAGCUAUGUAAUUAAAUUGUUUGAAGACAUAUUUAAAUUCGAGCAUCCAAAGAAUAUAAAGUAUGGACAACUGGUGCUACCUUAUUUGCCAGCGAACUAUGGCCCCAUGUACUUCAGUAAAUUAACAAGAAAAUCAUGAAUAUAGAAAAUAUUA